AUGCAACGUCUAUCUGUAUCAGUGUUGAUUUCAUUUUUGGUACUCAUCAUCGUAUCAAUUACAUUUGUCUGGAAUGAACAAUCAUGUUCACAAAUACCUUUAAUUCUUACUAAUGAUUGUCAUUUAUCAUUAAUUGAAAGUGAUCAUUUUAUAUGUGAAUCAAAUAAUAUUUGGAAUGAACGGAAAAUUGUGUAUCAAACACAAGAUAAAGAAAACAUGAUGAAACGUCAAAGCAAUAUCUUUUUUCUAUCGAAUUGGGAACCAAAUUUUCAUUGUUCUCAUGCAAGACGAAUAGGUCAGAUGGGUGAUGGUGGUAAAUGGGUAUGUGAUCCUUAUCGAUUGAAAUCUCGAUUAGAUUGUUUAGUGUACAGUGUUGGAUCCAAUGGUGAUUUUAGUUUUGAAAUCUAUAUGAAAAAAACUAUGCUACAUUGUGAAAUUCAUACUUUUGAUUUAAAUCUAUAUGUUUGUCCAAAAGAUAUUUGUAUAUUUCAUCAAAUUACAUUUGGAAAUGGUAUUAAUCCAAAAGGUUCCAAAAAUUGGACAACUAUUCUACAAGAAUUGAAUCAUAUUCAACGAAAAAUUGAUAUAUUGAAAAUUGAUAUUGAAGGUGGUGAAUAUAUAUUUUUUCCUCUACUUAUGCAAUCACCAGCAAGUUCUCUACCACAACAAAUACUCGUCGAGAUUCAUCCGAAUGAUCCCGAUACAAUUCAUGCAUUUUUUGAACUCUUUCGAAAACAUCACUACGUCAUCUUCAACAAAGAACCAAAUCUUCUUAUUGGACAUCAAUUUUUUGAAUAUGCCUUCUUAAAAUUGAAUCCAUCCUUUUUCAAUUCUUUGCCUAUAAUUUCUCGAAAGAAGUAG